UGCUAAUUACCCCAUUUAUUGACGUCUUGAUAUGAAUUCUAACAUUAGUGUUUCUAACAACCUGCCUCAGUCCGACAGGGUCCAUGUGUGGCUACAUUCAGUUACAUCCAUAUUCAUCUUCAUCACAUGACAACCAUCCCAUCUUUACCGUCUGCUGUACUUGAUACCAAUGCAAUUUGAGGGGAAUGUAAACAAAAUUGCAGUCUAGGUCCAGAAGAUGGCAACAUUUACCAUAUAAGUCCUGUUCCAGGGAGGUUUGAGGAGCAUGAAACAUGACUCCUCCGCAGUAAGAGGUGUUUUUGACGGAGGACAAUCAUUCGAUACAAAAGCGGUGGCGUGAGCCCCGGAGACGUCACCAGUCCCCGCCUUGACAUAUAACAAUCAAUUCUUCAUGCGCUUUCCCCCCCCAAAAAUUACAAUCGAUUGGUGCAGGAAUCUCUGGGUGCAGAACGGCACAUGACGAAGACAGAUCAUCUGGACACCUGAGGCUGGAAUAACACCCUGCACCCGUUAGUUUGUGUCUUUCACCGGUCAAUCCUAGUUAUUUGAGUGGAAACAGUCGCAGAGGUGUGAAGAAUGCGGCGCAUCUCUGUCUGGAUCAGUUGGACGCUCUGUGUGUGCGCAUCUCUGAGCGGGAGCGCUCCAGAGUUUGUCCAGGACGACGGGACGACCCUAGGUCUGACACAGGAGGAUGGGACUCGAACCGAAGACGGACCUGAAUUUGCUGCCGAAUUCCUCAGGUGCAACAAGGAAGCAUGGCGUAUGCCUGGUCAGUAUCUGGUCAUGUUGCAACAAGAAGCACACGAGUCUCACGUCCAGAAGACCAUCAAGAGGUUAAAGGCCAGGGCAACCAGGAGAAGACUCCCCCUGGAGGUUCUGCAGACCUACUCUGGAGCUCUGCACGGCUUUCUGGUCAAGAUGAGCAGCGACGUGGUUCACCUGGCUUUGAAGCUCCCUCAUGUGCACUACAUCGAAGAGGAUUCCUCCAUCUUUGCUCAGAGCGCACCCUGGAAUCUUCAGCGGUUACUGCAGCCCCAUGGAAGCACAUCUGAAAAUGGAACAUACCAACCACCCAAUGAAGGGCGGACGGCGGAGGUGUUUUUGAUGGAUGGCCACGUUCAGGAUUCUCACAGGGAAAUUGACGGACGAGUUGUGAUCACUGACUUCAGCAACAUCCCCGAGGAGGAUGGAGUCAGGAAUCACAGACAGAGCAGUCAGUGCGACAGUCACGGCACACACAUCGCUGGGGUGGUGAGUGGGUUGGAUUCUGGUGUGGCUCGUGACACAUCUGUGAAGCUGGUGCGUGUGCUCAACUGUCAAGGGAAAGGAACAGUAUCAGGAGCUCUGGCUGGGCUAGAGUACAUUCGAACAAAUAAACAUGCGAUGAACGCAGUGGUCGUUCUUCUACCUUUCGUUGGUGGCUUCAGUCGAUCAUUGAACACAGCCUGUCGGGACAUGGUGUCAAAAGGAGCCGUGGUCAUCGCUGCCGCGGGGAAUUACAGAGACGACGCCUGUCUUUACUCACCCGCCUCAGAGCCCGAGGUCAUUACAGUGGGAGCAAUAAAUGCAGAGGACCAGCUCAUGUCACAGGGGGCAGGAGGCACCAACUUUGGCCGCUGCGUUGACCUCUUCGCCCCUGGCAAUGACAUCGUUAGUGCCAGCAGUGACUGUAAUACCUGCUUCACCACCAGGAGUGGAACCUCACAAUCUGCUGCUCACGCUGCAGGUGUAGCAGCAGUGAUCCUGUCGUCCAAUCAGAACCUGUCACCGGUGCAGGUCUUGCAGAUGAUGCUGCAUUACUCCAUCAGCAACACCAUCAACCUGCUCCCUCUGUCUGACACUCAUCGUCUCACUACUCCAAACUUGGUGGCAGCCAUGCCUCCUGCCAUCAGCACAAGUGAGGAGCUGCUGUGUCGGUCCGUGUGGUCAGAGAGGUCAGGGCUGGCCCCCAGUGACAGAGCCAUCAGCCGCUGUCGUCAGGGGGAGGAGAUGAUGGGCUGUAAGAGCUUUGCACCACACGGUGUUCAUAAUGGAGAAACAAUCAUGAUGCAGGAUCAGCAGAUGGAGUGUGUUGCCUUCAACGGUCCGAGGGGAAACGGUGUGUUCUCUGUGGCCCGUUGCUGUGCCAUCAGCAGCCUGCGAUGUCAGGCAAAUGCCAGCCCUGAGCCAGGGAAGGACGCUGAGUGUGUGGACCCCAAACACACCCUGACUGGAUGUACGUCUCCGUCCACUGCUCAGGUCUUGUCCAACUCCCACCUUCAGGUCAGUGAUUUAAGGCGCUGUGUGGGCAGAGAUGGAGUUACGUCACAUGCUGUGUGCUGCCACUCUCCGUCUCUGGAGUGCCACCUAGUGGGCAGCACAUCAGCCGAUAAGGAAUAUGUGGAGGUGUCCUGUCUCUCUGGUUGGACAAUGACAGACUGCAGUGCUGUCUCUCAGGCCUUUGGUGUCCUCGGGGCUUUCGCUCUGGGCGAAGUUUGCCAUGUCCACGGCGCCGCCGGAUCUGAGGUGGUCACAUCGUUGGCUGUUUGCUGUCGUGUGAGCUCGCCAAGUGUGGAGGCUACAGCUUAAAAACCAGUCAGAGAAGGUGUCAAACAAUGUGAAUUUCCCUGUCUUACAUCAGCUUCACUCAUCGUGGUGCAGUGCUUUAAUCCAUGUGUGAGAAAAACCUGCAGUAUAUCAAAUACUUUGAGUACUGCGAGGGGUUUUAGGCUUACAGAUGUACCCUGGUCAUGUUUUGAAUCAGUAUACUUCAAACAAAUACUUUAAUGUCACCAUAGAAACUACAUGAGAAAGGGACAUGUAAUGUAAGCUAGCAUUUGUAAGCUUACAUUUCCUCGAUGUUGUUGUACCCCAGUGUUACAAUGACAAUAAAAACUAUUCUAUGUAGUAUUAUGGAGCUGUAAUGUCUUUAAGAAAAUGUAUUAUCUAAAGCCAGGCAUUUUCUUUUCAAAUAUUUUCUUUGUUAGCUUAAACUUAAACAUUACAUGUAUUCCUUUUCUAGGUUAAUGUGAAAUAUAAAAUUAUCUUACUGAUGUUGUUUUUAAGUUUACACUUUUAAAUAAAAGAAAAAGUCAGAUAAAAGGCUUUCAAUGACAGAUUUUCUCCAGAGGAGGCCAUGUUUUUUUAAGACAAUUGCUAGCAUUAUAUAUAUACAUAAAUAUAUAUAUUAUUUUUAUUUUUUUUCACGUGUAAAAAAACAUUAAAGAUUUUGAAAACAAA